AUGCCAUAGUAGUGCCCACAUGCUUUCUUUCUGUCUCACCUUCCCUCCCCCUCUCUCUAGUCUCUCUCUUGGAUCCAAGAACAAGCUUUGCAUCUUGCACAACUGUUGAUUGAUGGAUUUCUUCCUUCGAUAUAAAUCACUUUGAUCUCCCUUGGGUGAUCUUGGAAAAAAAACCUUUUUGAGGCAAUCUUCCUUUCCAGUGUAUUGUGGAGCACUUUCUGGUGUAUAGCCUAGCUUGCUUGUGUGCUGUUCUUGAGUGGAAUAAAGGUAGAGCAUGCAUGUGGCUUUGGAUAGGUAGGAUGUGGUGCAUGCAGCUUUGAGCUUUGGUGAUUACUGCUAGCUAUCCCCUACUUUCGGCAUCAAGAUUCAAGAAAGAUCAGCGCCAAAAGUCCUGUCCUGUAAUUAUUAGGAGCUGCAUUGUAGUGGGAGGGAGAUUCUAUCCUUGGCUGGCUGUCUCUUCCUUCCUCAUAGCUGUCCUUACUUUGGCACUGGAUCAAAGAUCAACAAUCCUGUUUCCCAAUAGAAAAACGGAACCAGGGACAAGCUCAAGACUCAGGAGGCAGCAGUUUUCCUCAAGAAUCUGUUUGGGACAAGAGAUUAAGGCCAAAAGGAGCUCUAGAUACAACAAUCAUAAGCUUCUUCUCUGGAGAUGAAGCUUCACUGAAGAAGAACAAUCUCUUCGUUUCUUUGCAUGGGGAAAGAGGCUCAUGUAAUGCUCCCUUUGGAGAAACUGAGCUUGGAGCUCCCCAAUGGUGGAAUCGUACUUGGUCAUGACAAGGACAUUUCUACAGUGCAAGAGGAGAUUUCAGCUCUGAGAUCACGGCAGCGGCAUCUCAACCGGAGAAGAAGAGAGGCGCUGGACAAGCUCAUAGACCUGAAAGGGAGUAUCAGAGUGUUCUGCCGGGUCCGGCCGUCGAUUUCAACCAGCAACUUCAAGAUCAAAUCACCAGUAACUGUCGAGCAAGAGAAGAUCGCAGUUCAAGCAGUGGGGAUCAAGAAAGACUUCAAUGUUGAUAGGGUGUUUGACCAGGAGUCAACCCAAGAUGAUGUUUUCCAUGAGGUAAAGCCGAUCCUCAGAUCUGCACUUGACGGGCACAAUGUCUGCAUCCUCGCUUUUGGCCAGACUGGGACAGGGAAGACCUAUACAAUGGAAGGAACUAAUGGUAAUCUUGGUGUCGUGCCUCGAGCGAUUCAAGAACUGUUUUCUCAUGCUGCUCAAGAUAGUUCAUCCACAUAUGCUUUCUCCAUAAGCAUGCUUGAGGUCUACAUGGGAAGUCUCAGGGACUUGUUGGCACCAAGGCAGACUCUCUUCAAACCCACGGAAUGCAAUACAACUAAUCUCAGCAUACUGGCGACCAAAAGUGGUGCAGUCGAAGUUGAGGGGCUCACCGAUGUCCUGAUAGCGGACCUCAAGAAAGCCAACCAGUGGUACUGCAGAGGACGGCGAUCCCGAUCAACAUCCUGGACAAAUGUCAACAAUGUCUCGAGCAGAUCACACUGCUUGACAAGAAUUACCAUAAGGAGAUGUGGAGGUGCCACUGAAGAAGUCAGCAAGCUCUGGCUUGUCGAUCUUGGUGGGAGCGAGCGGUUGCUGAAGACUGGUGCAUCCGGUUUGACAAUGGAUGAGGGUAAGGCCAUAAACCUCUCUCUGUCAGCCCUUGGAGAUGUCAUCGCUGCACUAAGGAGAAAGAGAAGUCAUGUUCCUUACAGAAACAGCAAGCUUACGCAGAUUCUCAGUGAUUCUCUUGGUGAUGGCUCAAAAGUUCUGAUGGUAGUGCACAUCAGUCCUUGUAAGGACGAUGUUGGCGAGACAAUCUGUUCACUGGGCUUUGCAAAAAGAGCCAGGUUAAUAGAAUCCAGCCGAGAGCUUUCAGAGGACUUGAAGAUCCUAAAGCAGAGGCGGCUCUCAGAGCUUGACAAGGAAAUAUGCGAUGCUGAGAAAGAGCUCAAAGAUCUGAAUGAACAAAUAAGGAGCGCCGAGAACUCACUUGCAGAGAGGAAGAAGAUCUUGCCAUCUGUCUGUCAGGCUCUCAGCGACGAGAAGGGGUCGCCGAGAAGCACUCUGGUGGUAGGGCGCAUUGAUGCUGCAGACAGUCCUCAGCCACCUGAGAAGGCGAAGAGCAGGGUGUCUCAUGGCUCAGUUCCUCACUUCAUGUCCCCAACUGUGUGCAGCCAGACAAGACACGGUGUAGCAAGAGAUUAUGUCAGUAAACCGAGGCUGACAAAAUCAGUAAGCAGGUAUCCUGCUGAGCUCAGUGGAAGUCAGUCAUUAAGCCACUCCAGCUCCAAGAACGUAGCCAAGGCUAGGUCUGUGGCAUUCUCAUCCGGUGUGCCUAUGUCGAAGUGCUUGCCAGUAAAAUUUGAUCAGAUCAACAUGAGCAGCAAUAGCAUUGAUUCAACGGCAGCGUCAGUGCCUCAGCGAAGAGAAAGCUUCAUUUCCAGGCCGGUUCAGAGAGUCCCACUACAUCAGCACAGGAGAAGGAUGUCAUGCUUCACAUGACUGCACUUACAAAAAUACAAAUUGAAUAGCUCUGAUUUUGACUUGUUUGGUAGUGAAAUGUUUGGAAAGAUGUUUGGGGUUUUACAUCCGUUUGAUAGUUUGUUUGCUAACUUCACAGAUAUGUGGUGUCUGUAAUUACUGGAGGGCCUUUCCUUUGCUGUUUAGGUUUGGAUUGGAAGGGCGGAAGGAUGUGAGGGAUAUGGUAAAUGCAACUGUAAUUGGAUUUAAUUUAACUAAUGUGUUUGAUUGCUCUG